AUGCUUUGGGCCGGAUUCUAUGUGGUCAUUGUUUCCUCUAUAGCUGUGCAGUUUAUCUAUCGUUACCUGUGCUUAUUGGAUUCGGAAAAAGUGAGAAAAAUGAAUAUUCUGAAAAAUCUGUGCUGGAUGUUCUACCCAGUUUUACCAGGAACAUUAUAUACCGGAGCACUUUACAUUCUGUGUUGGCCAGAUGAGUACUCGGAUUCUUAUGUCAGAAAUGUGAUACUCGAGAAUUAUCAAUUGGAUGUUGCAAAUCUUCGAAGAUUUGUAAUGACUCCUUACAACACCGACGAAUCUAUUAGAUGGAACAACUUCACCUUUGGCGUCAUCGCCGUCGUUCUCGUUUGCUCCCAUUAUUCCAUCAUAAUUUUCUGCGGCUUCCGAAUGCAGAUUGGCAUGAAACAUGAGCUGGAGAAGUUCUCAGUGCAGAAUCGAAAACUACAAAAGCACUUUUACAAAGCUCUCUUUUUCCAAAGUCUGGGUCCCUCUAUUUUUAUUUUCAUGCCAGCAGUUCCAGUGCUUUUAAGUCCGUUGCUCCCUCCAGUUUUGGGGAUCAAAUUCAAUUGGCAGACCGGAUGGCUGUAUUCAUUUAUUGGAGUUUAUCCGCCAUUUGAUAGCGUUGCUUUCAUGGUGAUCGUGACAGAAUACAAAGUGUUGAUCAGAAGAAAGUUAACAUACUUAAAGGAUCCAGAGAAAUUGAGAAUUUCAGAACGUUUUCUCAAUUUUUUAAACAAGAAUCAGGAGUCAACGAUACAUGCCUCUGGAUCACAACAGAUGAUUAACAGGAGCUCGGCUCUAGUUUUAACAUGA